AUGCAACAACCCACGACCACUAACUACACCGCAAGCUCGACCGCCUUCGCGAUGCCCGAGAUGGACGACAGUAGCUCCCCUUGGAUGGCCCAACCUACACAAGUGAUUGAUCCAUUGGCGUUUAAUGGCGCGUCGAUGGAUUUUCACACCCUCGACGCCGAUCUAUACGGCAACAAGUCCGCUGGGUUUGCCCAGAACUUCACCGAGGCCGCCGCAGUUCUCCGUGCAACCCCACUCUACCCUCGAUGUGUGCACUGCAUGCAGUGCUUCGAUCCGGCGGCCAACGGGCCUUUUGCGUGCGCCGUCCCGCAUUCCGCCCCAAUCCACACCCUUAUAGCCGGGGAUAAGGCUCUAUACCCAGCAAUAUACCUGCCCUGCUGCGACAAGGGCAGGCUAAACAUGCCCGGGCUGCAUCCCCCGCUGAAUCCAGUAUGUCGCCUCGACUACCACAGGCCUAUCAUACCGCUGCCGUUUGGCGGCCAAAUCCAUCCCCCGCAAGCGGGCUGGACGCCCCCAAGCCCUGCCGCUGCCAACUCUCCCGCGUUGAAUGGCCCUGGACUUGUCGUCGGGUGGCAGGCCUAG